AUAAAAGCAGCACUUAAUUUAGUACUUAAUAUAGGUUGCAAAGAUAAGUUAAUUGGUAUAAUAAAUGGGUUUAUUGAUCAGAAAAAAAACAAUAAUAGUGAAAAUAAUGAAAACGAAAAUUUGCAUAUAUUGGAUUCUUUGGUUCAUAAGCGACGAGAACAUCCACCAAGUACAAGUAUUAAGUCAUCAACAGAGAAUCAAUUACAGAAUAUUAGCAUUAGAAAUAGUGCAAUUAAUCUGAUUGAUCCAAAUUUAUAUAUUCAUAAUAAUAGUAAAAAUACUGCAGUAAAAACUUUACUUAAUACUCUUACCA